AUGGCGGAAGUUCAGAAACGUCAGCAUGUGGGGGUUAAAGGAAAAGAUCACGCUAAACCGCUACCAAACAGGGAUGAGGGCUCGGGGAUGGCGGAUCAAUCGUUAACUGUGUUUUUAAAGCUUGUUGCUGCUGUAUUUUAUGGGCUGAGCUCGUUUAUUAUCGUGGUGGUGAAUAAAAGCCUCCUGACUAACUACAGGUUCCCGUCCUCAAUAUGUGUGGGCCUGGGUCAAAUGGUGGCCACAGUAGUUGUACUGCGGGUGGGAAAGGCUCUCGGGGUAAUCCAUUUUCCAGAUUUUGAUACAAAUAUACCUAGAAAGACCUUUCCUCUACCUCUUCUUUAUGUCGGGAACCAAAUCACAGGACUGUUUGGCACAAAAAGGCUGAACUUGCCCAUGUUCACUGUCCUAAGAAGAUUCUCCAUCCUUUUUACCAUGUUUGCUGAGGUCAUGUUAUUAAAAAAGAAGUUCUCCCGCCCAGUCCAGCUGACAGUAUUUGCAAUGAUAUUUGGAGCAUUUGUAGCUGCCAGCACUGAUCUUGCCUUUGACCUCGAAGGGUAUGUGUUUAUCCUUCUGAAUGAUGUUCUGACAGCAGCAAAUGGAGCAUAUGUGAAGCAAAAACUAGACUCCAAGGAGCUGGGGAAGUAUGGGCUGCUGUAUUACAAUGCACUGUUUAUGAUUGUUCCAACACUGGUGCUUGCUCACUUAACUGGGGAUGUACAGAAGGCUAUUGAGUAUGAUGGCUGGGCAGACAUGGUGUUUGUCUUCCAGUUUGUUCUGUCUUGCAUAAUGGGGUUUGUUCUUAUGUAUUCUACAUUCAUUUGUACACAGUACAAUUCAGCACUUACCACCACAAUAGUUGGCUGUAUAAAGAAUAUAUUAGUAACUUACAUUGGCAUGGUGUUUGGAGGGGACUACAUUUUCAGCUGGACUAACUUCAUUGGCUUAAAUAUCAGCAUUGCUGGCAGUCUGGUGUACUCUUACAUCACUUUUACAGAGGAGCAGUCAAGCAAAACAAGCGAAGGGACCAGCAAAGUGGAAAUCAAAGGGAAGAUAGCUAUAUGACGUUAAACCAGCUGAGUGAGCUGUUACCCAUGUGAAAACUAGCAACAACAAAUCCACACCUAUCAAGUGCUUGGAGUUUUCCUGAAGCGUUGCAGAAAUGGUGACUUGACUCCUCUCAAGGUGAUGGACCACAUUUUAGGAGUUUGAAGUUCAUGGUGUUUCUCUUGCAGAGAUACGAUUUGUAGUUUCAAACAUACAUUAUAUACAUUUUUUUUAAUUGACAGUUUUCAUGACCAAUAGUAAAAGAUGCACAACACUAACAAUAGUGUGUAGCUGGAUGCAAAUACAAAUUGAACACUGUAAUUUUUAUGGUGACCAUUUCGCUUGAUUUUUAGUUGUAGAAAAACAGUAUUAAAUAGAUAAAUUUUAUCUAAUUCAUUCCUUUUAAUUGAUUGGCCUUGUCAAAAUGUUAACAUGGCUUUAAAAUAACAUUUAAAAUAGAAAUAACCUUCAAUGGGAGUUGACAGUGCACAGUGCCACCUAGUGGAUGAACCGUUAAUGCACUCUUAUUUUUAACAGGAAGUUAAAAUAGUUUGAAAUCUGAUUACUAUGUAAACUCCUAAUCAGUUCACGUCAUUCUACUUUAUUUUUUUAAAAGCCAAAUACUUGUAGAUAAAGCACUUAAGUGCCAAGUGAUCAACGGUAAAGCUUAACAUGUCUGCUGUAAAGGGUUUUAAAAACUUGGCUACCCAUUUUUAGUAAAUGUAAUUGCUUUUUAAGAAUUCCUAUUUGUCAAAUGGUUUCAUUUUCUUGUUCUGCUUCACCUGUCACUUUUUUUUUUUUUUUUAAAGCCGAGAGGUGCAAAAACAAUGGUUAGAUUUUAAAAUUUAAUGCAGAUUAUUUGUUUCUCUGUGUGUAUUAAUCCAUGUGCUGGAAUCGGAAUGCUGUCUGGUUACUCCAGUAGACUUUGUUUGUUUUUGUAAUAAGUUGAAAGCAGUUCUGAACAAACUACAGCAUUAACCCCAAACGGAUGUACAAAGUCAGUUACCCCUGGCCAUUCCUGUCCCAGUUUAAUGGGUGUAAUUUUAGACCAGGCUGAAAGCUUAAUGGAUUCCAUUCAUUUUGAAGGUGUGCUCACCUUUUCCCAUGUCAUUGGUAAAGAAGGAAGGUUUAGUGGAGCUUGUCUGGCUAUUUCUGUCACAGGUUCAUCUUUCCUGGUCUGGUUCCAUUCUAAUUGUUUUGUGUAUAAACGCUUUGUUCUUGUCAUGUUAUGCAAUGAAACCUGACAAAUGCUGCCAUGCCUUUUAAAUGGAUUGUCAGGUCACAUCUUGGAUCUCGGAGAAGGUCAGAUACUGAAGUGCCUGCUUCAUGCAAACAAAUACAAUUCUUGUUUCUGUGUUGACAACCCUUUCUUUUAAUGGAUACAGAGUUGCUUAUAUUUCUACUUUUUUUAUUGACCUUUUUUAUAGCCAUGUUGACUUUGGUAAUGUGUUACAGCUAGGCUUCUUAAAGAACAGUGUUUUUGAGUUUACAUAUGAAAUCGUCUAAGGCUGCCUGUCUACAAAUGAUUGUAGUUAAUUUUAGAAAUGUAUUUGAACCUGUAAUGUACUUCCUCUAUACAUCCCAGGUAUAAAACAGUGAGGUUCCUGGACUAACAGCAGAAAGAUUGCAGUAUAAUCAAUUGUUGAAUCCAGAUCCCUCCUUUCUGUACAUCCGAGAGAGUCCAUUAGUCCACAGAAUGUGUGUUUGUGUCACUAUGGCUAAUGCACAUGGCAUGUACCUUUUUAUUUUUAUUGGUAUUUUAAGGGGCUGGCAUUAGACAAAACUUUCCCUGCUUGUUUUAACUGUGUUUUUGAAGUUCUGGAUAAAAUAUUAAAUGUGUUUUUACACAAGAGCAGUUCCAUAAAUUAGGCAUCCUUGGUCAAUUUCAAAAUCAUCCUAAUACAUAUGGGUUAUAAUUUUGAAGGUAAUUAUCUAGUUUUUAAAAAUGUCAUGUCAUUUGUGGACGACGGUUUGACACAAACAUGAAACUGAAUGCAACCCUAUGAUAAUUGACAUACAAAUAUCAUUAUUUUCCCUGAGUUAGUGAAGGGGGAAGAUUGCUUCUGUUUUAUUGAUAGUACAUAGAGAAACAAAUGAGUACAUAAUUCCCCGAAACAUUUAGAUAUUUUGAUACCAUCACAGCGUGGAUGAUGAAGCCAGUAUGUGGUCAGACAUAGUACUUUGAGCAUUUCUGCUGUACAAGUUGGACACAUUUCUGUCUGGAUUACAGUACUAAUUGGUUGACAUGACAAUCCCAACAUGCCACUUCAUGAUUAAACUAAUGAUUCCCCACAUCUUUAAUGUGUGAAAAUGUGGAUCUGACUUCAAGUAGUCUACUUGUUAAGACUGCAGGGAAUAUUAUCAGGGGAGGAAAGUAUGGAUUCUUGUUUAUAAAUGUUUAAUUCCAAACCUACUGUUUUUACACCAGAUUAUGCUGGUUGAGGGAUGUAUAGUCUGAGGCACAAGUUUAAAAAGGUAACUUUGAAACGGAGAAAAUGGUAGUAUUUUUAUCUAUAUGGUUUGUAUUUUUAUACAUGCCACAUUAUGUAUGUACAGUAAAGCUUUUCAUAUGCAGUUAAAGUAUUUAUUUUAACACUGUACUGUAAAGAUUCUGGGUAUUACAAAUAAUGGCUUGUUUUUUUGUAGAGGAUGUGUAUAAAUCAGAAGCCUCGUCACAGUGCCAGAUAUUUUUGUACAUA